ACACAUCAGAUAGCUGCAAUAGCAAAACAUAUAAGGAAAUCACAGCUACUGAAUAAAUAUAUGGAAUAUAUAUAUAUAAAAAAAAGAAUCUGAUGGUAAGAUUAUGCAAAUGUUGUACCCAUUCAGUGUUAUCUACGUACCUGCUUGAUAUAAAUGUGCUCCAGCCGCGGCGGCGUCCGUGGUGAAGUGUUGUGUCAUCGCUGCCGGAAACUUUCGUGUUAAUCGCUACCGUUGUCAAUAAGGAAAACCCUGGCUGAAAAGUGUGCGAGCAUGACCCCCUCGAUGUCCACGGCGUUCCCGCUCGCGCCCUGGGAGUAGCUCUCGCCGCCUGCAGGGUCGUCGUCCCCGAGUGGGCGGAGCUGACGGUGGCCAUGGUGAAGGGCGCGUGCAUGGCCGUCAUCAUAGUGUGCGCCGUGCUGGGCAACCUCCUGGUGGUGGUGAGUGUGGUGCGUCACCACCGCCUCCGCAUCAUCACGAACUACUUUGUGGUGUCUCUGGCAGUGGCGGACAUCCUGGUCGCCCUGAUGGCCAUGCCCUUCAACGCCAGCGUGGAACUCACUGGCCGCUGGCUGUUCAGUUACCGCAUGUGCGAUUUGUGGAACUCGUUCGACGUGUACGCGUCCACGGUGUCCAUCCUCCACCUGUGCUGCAUCAGUAUUGACCGCUACUACGCCAUCGUGCGUCCUCUCGAGUACCCGAUGGUGAUGACGGAGGCCCGCGUGGCCAUCAUGCUGUGCCACGUGUGGCUGGCGCCGCUAGUCAUCUCCUUCCUGCCCAUCUUCAUGGGCUGGUACACCACGGCGCAGCACCUGGCCGAGCGCGCCGCCGACCCCUCCCUCUGCGUCUUCCAAGUCAACACCACCUACGCGGUCGUGUCCUCCUCCAUCUCCUUCUGGAUGCCGUGCAGCGUCAUGGUCUACAUGUACUACCGCAUCUACCUGGAGGCGGCGCGGCAGGAGCGGAUGCUGCACAGACACACGCGCCUCUCCACCGCGUCCCAGGCCUCGCACGCCGCCAUGGCUGUGUGCUGGGCAGCGGGGGGUCGGGGCGCCGCCUCAUGCUGCACCGGCCCUCCAGCGACACGCAGGAGGCCACGCCCACCAAGGAGAGGAACCUGAUCAAGCUGAAGCGUGAGCACAAGGCGGCCCGGACGCUGGGCAUCAUCAUGGGCGCCUUCAUCGUGUGCUGGCUGCCCUUCUUCACGUGGUACGUGAGCGUGACGCUGUGCGGCGAGGCGUGCCCCUGCCCCGAGAUCAUCGUGUCCAUCCUGUUCUGGAUCGGCUACUCCAACUCCAUGCUCAAUCCCGCCAUCUACGCCUACUUCAACCGCGACUUCCGGGAGGCCUUCCGGCGGACGCUGCAGUGCGUGUGCCGGUGCGGGCGGCCCGAGGACCCGUGGCGGGGCCAGCUGGGGCCGCCCUACGACUCCGACCUGUGUCUGCAGCACAACGGCCACUCCACCGUCAUCAAGGCCAAGACGCGGCGGUUCAGCAGCGAGUGCGGCGUGUAGGGGGCCCGGUCCUGCUGUGCACAGAAUAGAGUUUAUUUUGGUAGAUGUUUCCAGUGUAGGAUCCUCUAUGUGCCCCGAGCGGUAAUAAUGACAAAGUGUAUUAGAUCUCAUAAAUACAUAUGUAUUGACUUAC